CUGUUGCUAUUGGAUAGUGGGGGCCAGUAUAACCAACCCUUACGGUAAUUGUGGGGCUGUACGGUAUUAUAGAUCUGCCAAGAGUGGGAGGGACACUUCUCUGCCCAAGAUGAGACCCAGUCUUUGUUCUGACGACUCUUCGUGGGCUGCGCAUAAGCCGGUGAGUCGCUGUCCCAAGACGUACGCGUACCGCGUGGAGGGGAUGCCCGGAGUCCCUCCAAACACGUACAUGCUGUGCUGCCACCCCAUUCACGGACCCGUGUCGUUCCGGCCGGGGUCGUACCCGGCUCCUGCCAUGGACGCCAACACGGAGGUGACCUCCACGGUCCUCGAGUACAGCCCCUGCCCGGAGUCCCCUCACCAGUUCUUCCCUUGGUGUCAGAAGACCAAGGGGCCGUACCCGGGCCUCGGGGCAGCCAGGGCGGCCGCAGAGGCGGCGUCGCAAGCGGGCGGGCGGGCUGCCACCACGGAGGUCCAGGGCUACUUGACGGAGUACAGCAGGCAGCAGUACCGGCAACCCGGCAACACUGCCCCGGCGCAGCACGGCAUGGCUGGGGCUGCAGCGACCGCCUCGCUGCACUUCCACAUAGACCCGUGUCGGGGGCUGGCCCGGUGCCUGGCGAACCAGGGGGCCGGUGGGUACGUCCAGUCCUCGCAACAGCACCCGCCCCCACAGACCGUGCGCGUGUCUUCGCAAGUGCAGCUGUGUAUCCAGGUGCCCGCACAGGCGCCUCUGGCUACGCCACAAGAGCACGAUGCUUCGAACGACGUGGCUCCUAAACCUGCCAGUGGGAAAGGAAAGGUGCUCGAAGACCUUAGGAAGGAUAUCUCGUCGCUGAGGAAGCAGGUGACGAAGGUGCUGGAGAGCCUCACCGCCUCGCACCGGCGCUACUGCGAGGAAGUGGGGGUGGAGAAGCAGCGCCGGGACUCGGUCCUGGGCCAGAUAGCUGCGCUGAACCACACCCUGGCGUCCCUGCAGGGGCCCGGGCGCGAGGGGACCGCCUGCGAGCGUGCGGACGAGCCGGCGGGCGGGGCCCGGUGGCAGCCCCCUGACCCGUGCUGCCCGCCGGCCGGCGACGACGACUGCCCCGACGCGGAUCCGGUGGUGGCGCCCCGGGAGCUGUGCCAGCGGCUGGCCGAGUGGCAGAGACUGCUGGCGAAGCAUGUGGGGCAGGGCCGCGCGUCCAUGCACGUCGACAGCCAAAUGAGGAUGGAGUACUGACCCUCACUUCUCUGUAGUACCUUUCCAAAUCACUCUAUGCAUUAAAUGAUCUUUUCUCUAAUCUCAGUAAUCUCAGUUCUAACAAGUAUGUAUGAAAUGUUGAUUUGAUAUCGUUUGAGUGGAAGAUGCCAAUGAUAAUAUCAUUGAUUCAAUUUUUUUUUUAAAUUUUGUUUAGUUAAACAUUAAAACAUAGAAUUUUAAUUAAAUAAAAUGUCUGCUAAAUAUAUUUUUCUCUGUGAUGUCAUCAAUUUUUUCAUAAAAUUUAUUGGAAUGACUAGAACUGCAAUAAAAAUGUAAAUAGAUACUGUACUACUGUCUUGGAAAAUCACUUCAUGUGUGAUCUUUAUGUUAACAAAGACAAAUUUUCAUAACUUAACGUUAAAAAAUUGUAUUUCAUAAAAAUUAUUGAAACCAACAUGUGGUUUUUCAUCUUUAUCGUCAUUAAAAAUUAAAACACAUGUAAUGCCAACGCAUGUUCAAAUUUAAUGUCUACUUUUUGUCACUGUCUUAUUUUUCAAAACUAUUAAUAUGGAUCAAAAAAUCAGUAUGCGAUCAAAAGCCCUCAUUCAUUAUCUAUACUAAUAUUAUAAAGCUGAAGAGUUUGUUUGCUUGUUUGCUUGAACGCGCUAAUCUCAGAAACCACUGGUCCGAUUUGAAAAAUUCUUUCAGUGUUGGAUAGUACAUUUAUCGAGGAAGGCUAUAGGCUAUAUUAUAUUAUCAAUAACAUUAGGAAUCCUUACUAAAAGUCCAAUUUAGAAUCAAAUGCGUUGGAGGGGGUUAGAUACAACAUGCAGUACAUGUACGAAGUGUGUGUUGACAAUGCCGCAGGCGCUAGAAGUUUAUUUCCUAUUGCCUAUUAACAUUGUUGCCACACACUAGAUGCCUUAUCAUUCUUAAUUUUCCCAUCCAAGUAAAAAACACCCGUGUGAUAUUAACAACGAAGCAAUCAGUACUCUCAUAUAGAAUACAUAGAGAUAGUGUGAGGUAUAUAUGUAGAUAUAAAGAGAUAAAUACAGAUAGAGAGAUAAAUAGAUAUAUAGGACUAUAGAUGUAGAUAGAGAUAAAUAUAUAUUUAGAGACAUGGAUAGAUUAUUUGUAUAUGUGUAACUACUUCAAACAUAUUACAAAACAAAACUGAAUGAGGCAUUGCAAUGCAUGCCGAGCAUUAGCUAGAUAAUGGAAUCUUUUCAAUAUUAGUAAUCCCUUAUUUUUCAGUUUUUUUCUUUCUAUAUUGCUUUAUAGAGUCUAGAUUACAUACAGACCAGGUAAAUAACUAUAAACUGGCAGAACAGCGUCUGUCGGGAUCUGAAAGUGAUAUAAAUUAUUUUGCACACUUGACAUUCAAAUUAAGAAGUCAAUUACUAACUACAGUAAAACCUUUUUGUUGCGACCCCAUUUAUUGCGACCACCUCUCUAUUACAACCCGAUUUCGAGGAACCGUGAAAAAUUGCCGAAAAUCCGAAGAAAAUCGGAUAGAAAAUAAGUUUCUUGUGGUGAGUAGUGUGUUACUGCAUUUCUCUUGCCGAGUGCUGUACUGCCGUAGGCAGCGCAUAUCUAAAAAUAGAUACCACUUCCUGUCGACCGCUGUCAGCGCUUAUCAACCCCCAUUUCACGUAAUUUUGCCAGCAGGGUGCAGAUAAAGGUUUUUGUGGCAACGUGUUUACGACCGCUGUCAGCGCUUAACAACCCCCAUUCCACGUCCCUUUGCCGGCAGGGUGCAGAUAAAGGUUUUUGUAGCAAUGUGUUUACAUUUAGCUUGUUGCGAGUGUCUAGUGUGGUACGCAGUUAAAGCAAAGAAAGCUAUCUGCUGGAUUUCUCUUGAUUUUGAUUACUAUCGGUUCACAAUACACAGCGACCGACUGGAUGCACGCCUGCCUCGACUUGUUUUAACUGCCGCAGCUAUGUUUAUUUUGACAGCUCAAGCAAUUAUCUUUUCCCGUGGAUUGAUAGAAAAAGGUCGCUUCACCCAGCAUAAAAAAAGGCUACGCCACUUAUUGCCCACGCAGGAAACACACUGGCUGCCGUCUAUCUCCCUCGCAUUUAUCUUUCUUCUAACAUUCCACGUCUCACCUCUCGCGCGAGCAAUAACGAAGCGCCCACACAUUCGGCCGUUUUAUGCUUUGUUUGGUAACAGCAGCUUGAUUUUAUUUGGUAUAUUCCUUUUCAUAGGACCCUUGCUAUUAAAAUACAUUUAUAUUUAAGUUUGAAAGCUUGUAAAUUCCUUUCCAGAGAUGACUGAACUCGAACUUGGUGUGAAAAGUGACAUAUUUUGACCCCUCCCUCGCCGCUUUAGUACCCCAUUCAUAAUAGCCCAAUUUUACGGGAGAAGGGAGGGUGAAAAGAGCAUUUUCUCACUGAAGGUUUUUCAAAGGGGAGCGAAGUUGGGGUGUUAUAAGGGAGGACACUAGAUGGUUUGUGUGUCUGGGAGGGAUGAGCUAGCCUUGAAGAAUUUUAACAGGGGGGAGGGAGGGGUGAGCUUAUGCGUCAUGAAGCCGCUGCCGCCAGCCAGCCGGGCGAGCUUCGUGUGCGCCCACUCGCGUUGCAGAACCUACCGCUGCCAUAUUUUUAAAGGAAAUGUCCCAUUAUUUUUCUGUUAUUCUUACAUGAACUUUAUUGGAAGUAUUUAAGCCGACACAAAAAUACGCUGUGUGUUAAAAUUAACAGAUUUUAAUGAUCUUUAAUUUCGUUUUUUUUUCUUCUGAUUUUCACAUUUUGGUCAAAAUGUCCAAUUUUUUGACGGUUCCCGAGAAUGUAUUUGUAAAAUCACUGCUUCGUUAAAUCCGGGUUUCGUGACAUCGGGGUUCUAGUGUAUUUAACUACGGAAAGCAGAAAAUGUACAUGUAAACUAACACAUAUUUUCUAUAGAGGUGGCCUGUAGGGCAACGGACUUGUCAUGAAGGUUGAAGUGGGUUUAUGGCAAAGCCGUCUAGCAUUGUGAGUGACAGCAUCCUGCCAUUGUACGGCUGGUU